AGGUGUUGAAAAAAUGUGCUGGGUGGAGGAAGUAAAUUCCCUUAAUCCAUAGUCCUUGCCUGCCGGAAAAGAAAAAAAAAAAAAGUGAUCCAGGAAUCUGAAUAUCUGAUGAAUGCGACACCGCACGACGUCGUCUCUUGAACUGGUGGCGUCAAGUUUUCCCCUUUUCUUUUCCCUCGACAGACCAAACUGAAACUGAUGCACACAACACAGCGUUCGCAGUAAGCAAAGCAAUAAAUAGCGAAUAAGUGAAAAAAAAAGAGAGAGAGAAGAAAAGAACGCAGAAACUGAACUCAACAAUGGCAGAACCCAAGGUUAAAUACGAUCGCCAACUCAGAAUAUGGGGCGAACAAGGACAGGCAGCCCUUGAGAAAUCUAGUAUUUGCUUACUUAACUGUGGUCCUACUGGUUCUGAAACACUUAAGAAUCUUGUUCUUGGUGGGGUUGGAAGUAUUACUGUAGUCGACGGAUCUAAAGUUGAAGUGGGUGACCUCGGAAACAAUUUUUUGGUGGAUGAAGCAAGUCUUGGGAAGUCAAAGGCAAAAUGUGUAUGCUCAUUUCUUCAAGAGCUGAAUGAUGCAGUUAAAGCAAAAUUUGUAGAAGAGUCUCCAGAAACAUUGAUUGAGACAAAUCCAUCAUUCUUUUCUCAAUUUACUUUGGUUGUUGCCACUCAGCUUGUGGAAAAUUCAAUGAUAAAGCUUGACCGAAUCUGCAGGGAGGCGAAUGUUAUGUUGAUCUUUGCUCGCUCUUAUGGCCUUACAGGGUUUGUUCGAAUUAGUGUGAAGGAGCAUGCUGUGAUUGAGUCAAAGCCUGACCAUUUUUUGGAUGAUCUCCGGUUAAAUAAUCCUUGGCCUGAACUCAAGAGAUUUGCAGAUGACAUUGACUUGAAUGUGCAAGAUCCUGUAGCUCAUAAACACAUACCAUAUGUUGUCAUUCUUGUCAAGAUGGCUGAUGAGUGGGCCAAAAGCCAUGGAGGAAGGCUCCCAUCAACCAGAGAAGAAAAAAAGGAGUUCAAGGAGCUUCUUAAGGCUGGGAUGGUUGCACAAGAUGAAGAUAAUUAUAAAGAAGCUAUUGAUUCAGCAUUCAAAGUAUUUGCUCCCCGAGGAAUAAGUUUGGAGUCGCAACAGAUACUAAAUGAUAGUUCUGCUGAAGUGGACUCUAAUUCUUCAGAUUUUUGGGUGUUGGUGACAGCUCUUAAGGAUUUCAUUGCAAAUGAAGGUGGUGGGGAUGCACCCCUUGAAGGAUCUAUACCAGACAUGACUUCUUCUACUGAGCAAUAUGUGAAUUUGCAGAAUAUCUAUCACGCUAAAGCUGAGGCUGACUUUCUUGUAAUAGAAUGUCUAGUGAGAAGUACUUUGAAGAAGAUUGGUAGAGAUUCAAAUAGCAUUUCAAAGUCAACAAUUAAAAGCUUCUGUAAAAAUGCAAGAAAACUCAAAGUUUGCAGGUACCGUCUAAUUGAAGAUGAGUUUAAUUCUCCAAACCUACCCGAGUUACAGAAGUACCUAACUGAUGAAGAUUACAGCAUUGCUGUGGGGAUUUAUAUUUUGCUUCGUGCUGUUGACCGGUUUGCUGCUAAUUACAACAGCUUUCCAGGACAGUUUGACAGUGCAAUGGAUGAGGAUAUACCUCGAUUAAAAAGCACAGCAAUUGGCCUACUUAAUGACUUGGGAUGCAAUGGAGCCACUUUGGCUGAGGACCUUAUAAAUGAGAUGUGUCGAUUUGGUGCAGCAGAGCUUCAUGCUGUUGCUGCUUUGGUUGGAGGAAUUGCAUCGCAAGAAGUGAUCAAGCUCAUAACAAGGCAAUUUGUACCUAUGUCCGGAACCUACAUAUUCAACGGCAUUGACCACAAGUCACAGCUUUUGUCACUGUAACUGCUCGUACCAUGAUUUCUAUUGGAAGAAUCAAGGGCUUGAUGGAGCAAGAGCAAUCUUCUAUUAUGGCUUCCUUUAAUCCUAUGCAAACGACCGAGGCAUUUUUGCUCGUUUGGUGGACAAAAGUGGAUUCUUGUUUUAUACACAAAUUUUGUAACUACGGACACUGGUUUCAGACAGAAACAGCAUCAAGAGGAAAAGAGACAUUUGCAAAAUUUGUAGAGUCCAUCUUAUUUAAUGAAUUCUACGUUUAUAUGUAAUCUAACCUCUAAAGUAUCUUUUUUAUCCGCAUCGGUAAAUAUAAUUGCAGGGAAAUCGCAUUAUCAUGCACAAUACGAGCCAAAUUUUUAUAUUGAUC